UUUUUACUUCCUUCUUUAAGAAGAGAGUUGAGCAGAUGUCAUCAAUGGAGAGAUGAUUUUGCGGUUGUCAGGUUUGAAAAUGAUACAGAUUUCUGCUGAAAAAUGAGCCAUGUGGUCAAUACUUAUUUGUCUCUACUUGGGAGUACUGCGCAAUACAGUCGGCUCCUUUCUUCCCAGCCCCGUCAAUGUUGUCUUUUCUUCAGUGAACUUGAAGAAUGUGUUGCAUUGGUACCCUGGUAAUAACACACCAGCCAACACAGUCUUUGCAGUCCAGUAUGCCAUCUACGGAGACACGAAAGGAACACGGAUAAAUUGGAGGGUGGUGCGUCACUGUAGAGACAUUCCUCGGAGCUGGUGUGAUCUGACCAAUGAGACAUGGGAUCUGGAGGAGGGAUACUAUGCCAGAGUUCGCGCCAUAGGCAGAAGAGCAUACUCAAAAUGGGUACUGACACAAAGGAGAUUUGAUCCCAUUUUAGACACGACUUUAGGGCCGCCGCUGGUUUCUGUGGAAAUCGAGGAUAAUACUGCCAUCAUUACUAUGAAGGGGCCAAUGAGAUAUCAACCAAACAACAUCACCCCAGAGAUUCCCAUGAAAACAUUCUACCACGAGAUGACCUACAACAUCUCUAUCCACAACACCCAUAAACACCAGAUGCGCCACAUCCUAAUGGACUCCAGUACGUACAUAUAUCGCAUGAUGGAAUACGCUACAGAAUACUGCUUCUCUGCCAGAACAAGACUCAUUUCCAUGCCUAUUUGGUGUCAACCCUCAGAAUGGCACUGCAUAACCACGCCUCCAGAUCCGCUCAUUGGCCAGCUACAGCGGGUGAUUGCAAGUAUUGUUGUUCCAUCGCUGUGCAUUUGUCUGCUGUCGGUGGGCGGCUACUUUCUGUUUAACUACCUGACAGGAAAAGGCAAGAGCAACCCAGAUAUACUGGCGGACACGCAUGCAUUUCACCAUUAUCCUCCCAUAUUAUCUUUUGAGAAGACCAACUUCAUCUCCACCUCUGUCAUGAAAGACCAGCCAACACUGGGAACAUGCAGCUACAUGCGACAAUCCUCAUGUUCCCAGCAAAAGCAGCAUAUUCGGGAUUCUCCACCAGUACACAGUUCCUACGGACCACCAUCAGAGCUUGAGGAACCCUUGGAGGAAGAGGUAAAAGACUAUGGAUUUGUACAAGCAGCUCUCCAAAUCAGUGUGGGAGAAGAAGGAGAGAGGAAUGAAGAUGUAUUUCAAAGUAGUUAUGAGAUCAAAGAGAGAAUAACUGUAGCUCUUCACUCUAUUGAAGUUGCUACUCUGCUAAACACAUCAAUGAGCGCUGACAGGCACACCGAUAUGACCAAGUGUGUGGAGAUGCAACCACUCUCACAAGUGGGUCCAGUUUUUUUCCCUCAAUCUCAAGCAUCAGCGACAGCUCUUCAGGGAGAAAUGGCCACGGAGAAGGACUCUCAAGAGUGCCUGGUCAUAAAUAUAAAGAAGGAUCCUACAACAGGCUCCUUUAAGUUUCUGUUGGAUCUACAAGGAAAGCCUGAGAAAGGGAUGAUGAAGGUAACGGAAGGAGCGACGGAGAAAGAGAUGGUUGAAAAGGUCAAUGAAAUAGUACAUGCAGGUGCUCCGAAGAAUAUGGAGUGUGAGAAGGCGCCAUUUCUUUCCAGCUAUGCUUUACAGCACAUACCGAACGGCCAUGUUGACCAGCCAGACUGUUUGCCAGAUGACUACGGUAUUCUUAGACUGGCCACCGAGCAGGGAAUGGAAAAAGAAGAAGAGGAGGAGGAAGAGGAAGAGAUGGUUGGAGUGGUAGAUGAAAUAACACAUGCAGCUGUGGCAAAAAAUGCAGAGUUCGAGAGGGCGCCGCUUCUUUCCGGCUAUGCCUCACAGCACAUACCGAACCACCAUGUUGACCAACCAGACGGUUUGCCAGAUGACUACGGUAUUCUUAGAUUGGCCACCGAGCAGGGAAUGGAAAAAAAAGAAGAGGAGGAGGAGAAGGAGAUGAUUGGAGUGGUACAUGAAAUAACACAUGCAACUGUAGCAAAAAACGCAGAGUUCGAGAGGGCGCCACUUCUUUCCGGCUAUGCCUCACAGCACAUACCGAACUGCCAUGUUGACCAGCCAGACGGUUUGCCAGAUGACUACGGUAUUCUUAUAUUGGCCACCGAGCAGGGAAUGGAAAAAGAAGAAGAGGAGGAAGAAGCGAUGGAUGAGGGAACUUAUAAAUGGGCUCCAGAGACAGGGAACCCAAUGCUGGCACAGAUAGAGGAGUCAACUAGAGGUGGAAGUUUGAAGGACGUGGCGCAGGGAGAGAAAGAGAGGGGAGAAGAAGAGGAGACGCAGCCCACCGAGAGCAGACUGAGGCUGGAUGGUGUAUUUUCAAGACAAUGGGUGGAUGACCUCAUGGCCAAAUGGGACUUGGUGAUCUCACUAGCCCAAUAGAUGAUCAAAAUCAUAUUCACAAUCCUCUUUGAAAGGUUUCACGUGACAAGGCAUAAUUAUACUACUCAGAACAGCAAUUUUAUGGUCAUAGAAUUACAAUGACAGCAAAAUUUGGACAUAUUUAGCUUACUAUUCUGCUACCAUAGAAUUACCAAAAUAUUAUCAUUUGAAUGAUAUUUACAGGAGAGGAGACCCCCUCAUUGAGGUUGACAUGUUGUCCCAAUAGAGAUAAAUAAACAUUAGAGAAGAUACUGAGCAAAUUUCAUCUGCCAUCCUAGGACAGGGAUUGUUACAACUUUGUGAUCCACUGUUUUACUGACAAAAACACAAAGAUCCACAACUCAAAGUUGAUAACCAUCAGAUAAAUUUGUUGCAUAAAAUCAGCCAUCUGGCAGAUGUGGCAAAUACAACAAAAAUCUAAUCCACAUGUUCCAUUAAGAUGUUUGACAAUGAGUAAAGAACAAACCAGUUGACAAACUGUGUUCACAAGCAAGAUGGUGUUUAAGCAUAGCUAGAAUGUUUAAAGAAUUUAGCUGUGAUUCUUAUUUAAGUCAAAAUAACUGGCAUUUUUAUAAACUGCAUUAUCUAAAGAAAGUAUCACAUGCAAUUGUAUUUAGAAAAAAAUAGCUAACCAACAAUUAUGUUAGAGAACAAACAUAACCAAAACAGUAUUCAAAACUGGUUAAUAAGAGAAACUAAGCCCAUGAAACAGGACGGUUUCACCAGGAAACUAUAUACACACACAUACACACAUAUGCACAAAUUCAGUAAAAAAAAACCAAAAACAAACAAAAAACCCACAUACGAAUAUAUGCAAAUUUUUGAUUAAAAUUUUAUCAUUAAAUUUUUUUCAU